UCAUAAAAAAAUGUGGUUUGUGUUAACUUAUUUUCACUCAGAAAAUCAAUAGCAGAAGACUGUUCAAACUUGCAUAUGACUGUAUUCAUUUUAUUUUAAAUGUAAGAUACGUCAGGAUAUAUUAGGCCUACUAAUGAAAAGCUUAUUAACUAAAGUAACCGUGUUAUAUAUGACCCCUCUCCUGCGUUGCCCCCCUUAGUGUUUUUUUUCUCACAGAUGGUGUCUAAGUUUGCCCCUUUGUGUUUUUACAAUAACCUCGCGGUACCAGAUUUCUCACCCUCACGCUGUGGUGCUCUGUUUACACAACUGGGGAUGCCUUCACACCAAAAUGCCUCUUAUCACCCCGACGGUUUUGGCAGAUGGGCUUGCCAACUCUUGUCGUCAGGACAACGCCCCGCCCUGCCCCUCCCUCUCUGCGGCCUGGCUCUAUAUAAACCCAGCAACCGACUCUUAGCGUCAUUCAUUCUGUUUGACGCUUCUCCAGCCUGAGGUACCAUUGGAACUAGCCAACUCAAGGCAUCGAAGGACUUUUCCUUUUCCUACUUUUGGAAUAUUUGACAAAAAAGAAUGAUGAAUUCUGCUUGUCUCGUCGCUACUCAGACGUCUUUCGUCAGCGGUCCUGCCUUCAUGUCGGGAGCUGCGGUUUCUCAACAGUCACCCGUCAGCAGGACUGACCUUUGGAGACCCUGGCUCGUAAAUGAUCAGGACCUGCAAACUAAAUUCCAGAGAAGCAAGCUUGCAUGUCCUUACUCCCGGCCAACUGUGCCAAGCAACACUGUAGCAGAUGGCAAAACUCAGCCUUUCCAGCACCCUGUCAGACUCUUCUGGCCAAAAUCCAAGUCAUUUGAUUACCUGUACAGUGAUGGCGAGGCACUGCUGAGAAACUUUCCAGUCCAGGCAACUAUUUGCUUCUAUGAUGACUCUGACAGUGAGGAUGAGGAGGAGGAUGACUGGGAGGAAGAGGAAGAUGAUGAGGAGAAAGAGGCCUUCAAACCUCAGAGCCAUUUUACCAACUACAACUAAAUUUGGACAGUUUUAAUGGGAUGUUAGUAUUGAUACACAAGAACUUUCAACAUUUCUGCCAGGACUACUGACUUUUUACAGAAGAAUUGUGUUGAUAUACUGCAUCCUGACCUACAACCUGCAUUGAAGACCAUCAGUCAUUUUUGUACCACAAAAUCUAGUUUCCAAAAAGAACAAGAAACAAGUUUUCCAAACUGAAACUUUCUAAUUGUAAUUUCCUUUGGAAAUUGUAUAUGGCACGCAAACAAUCCCAUAUUGGGACGAAUGUUUUUCUCAGGGUCUCUGCUUUCUUUUGUAUGUGACUCCUUAAUUUUAUUUCCCUUUCCCUAAUUUAUGUUGUGUAUAUAUCUAUAUAUUUAUGCUGUAUUUUUGUACUUUUGUGCA